GAAAGAGAGAAGAAAUCUAUGCUCGCUCUCUAUCUCUAGAUCUGUUGGUUCAAGCGCCAACUUCCGAUUCUCUUACUGAAUUGAGCAGGCCUCUUCACUUUCUCUCACUAGAGCAGAGGCCCCUCUCUCUCGUUUGCAGACCUACGUUAAUGACGGAUCUGCUUGGACACAAGGUCCUUUUAAUGGCGGGUGCCUACCAUGAAGAGGAGCACUACGGUUCGUCCUCAUCAGAUCUGGGGGGCUUUCUCCCUCUGAAGCACGAGGCUUAACUUCUACCCGGAUCGAGGAAGCUAUCAGAUCUGGGAGCUCUCUUUUUAUAAGGAAAUGGAGAAAAACCACAGGUUUCAUGGAGUAAACUGAAGCUAUGCUUUGGUGGAGGGUUUCUGCUUAGUUCAUCGGAUCUGCCUCACCUUUCAUUGGUAGCUACUGUGAGAUGCCUUUUCACAAACCCUAACCCUAUAAUUUAACAUUUUAAAUUCAUUUUUAAGAGGCAAUGAGCCCACACUCGCCUAUUACCAUGGUGGCCACGCCAAAAGCCACAACCAUCUCAGAGCCCAACGACACCCCUUCUUCCUCCAUGGACUUUGGGGCCCCCAAAACCUUAGAGUUCAUCCGCGCCCUCACAGAUGUGGGUGCCAUGACACGCCUCCUCCACGAAUGCAUCGCAUACCAGCGCCGCCUCGACGUAGACCUCGAAAACCUCCUCUCCCAUCGCACUGACCUCGAUCGCCAGCUCCUCGCCCUCCAAAAACAUGCAGAGGUUCUUGAGAUUGUUGAGGCGGAUUCUGAUCACAUGUUACAGCAGGUGGGCUCGACCUGCGAGCUUGCUGAUCAGGUGAGUGGAAAAGUUCGAGAGCUUGAUUUGGCUCAGUCACGGGUUCAGGCCACGCUAUCUAGAAUUGAUGCGAUUUUAGAGAGAGGGAAUUGCAUUGAGGGGGCGAGAAAGGCUUUGGACUCAGAUGAUUAUGAGGCAGCUGCUAAAUUUAUCUCCACUUUUUUGGAGAUUGAUGCUCAGUUUAGUGGAUCCGUGGUUUCAGAGCAGAGGGAGCAGAUUCUUGAGUCGAAGAGGCAGCUUGAGUCAAUUGUUAGGAAGAAGUUAUCAGCUGCAGUAGACCAACAAACCCAUGGUGAGAUACUGAGAUUUGUUAGGAUUUUUCCAAUGCUUGGUCUUAGGGCGGAGGGCCUUCAAAUAUAUGUUUCUUAUUUGAGAAAGGUGAUAUCGAUGAGAACAAGGAUGGAAUUUGAUACUGUAAAGGAAUUCAUUGAUCAGUCGAGGCCUCCAUCUGAGAUAAAUUUCGUGAACUGUUUGACAAGCCUCUUCAAGGACAUUGUGUUGGCUGUGGAGGAAAACGAUGCUGUUUUGCGUGAGUUGUGUAUGGAGGAUGGUGUUGUGUAUGCCAUCUGCGAGUUACAAGAAGAAUGUGAUUUGUGGGGUACCACGAUCAUGAAAAAAUACAUGGAAUUUAGGAAAUUAGGGAAAAUCACAGCAGACAUAAACUCAUAUAGCAAGAAUUUGCUGUCAGUCGGGGUAUUAGAGGGGCCGGAUCCACGAGAGAUUGAAAUGUACCUCGAAGAGAUACUUGCACUAACCCAAUUGGGAGAAGAUUACACUGAAUUCAUGGUUUCGAAAAUUGGGGGGAUGGCUGCUUUAGAUCCCCAAUUGGCACCGCGAGCUACUAAGGCUUUUCGUAGCGGGAGCUUCAGCAUAAUGGCUCAGGAACUCAGUGGAUAUUAUGUGAUUCUUGAGGAGUUUUUCAUGGUGGAAAACGUGAGGAAGGCUAUAAGGAUUGAUGAGCAUGUGCCAGAUAGCCUCACAACAUCGAUGGUGGACGAUGUGUUUUAUGUUUUGCAGAGCUGUUGCAGGAGGGCAAUAUCAACAUCGAAAGUGAACUCUGUGCUGGCAGUGUUGAGUGGGGCGGUGAAUUUGCUGAGUAAUGAGUAUCAGGAGGCGUUGCAGAGGAAGAUGAGGGAGCCCAAUUUGGGGGCAAAGCUUUUCAUGGGUGGAGUCGGGGUGCAGAAGACGGGGACAGAGAUCACAACAGCAUUGAACAAUAUGGAUGUGAGUAGCGAGUAUGCUUUGAAGCUUAAGCAAGAGAUUGAGGAGCAUUGUGCAGAGGUAUUCCCAGCCCCAGCUGACAGGGAAAAGGUGAAAUCCUGCCUCUCGGACCUGGGUGAGGUGAGCGAGGGAUUCAGGCAGGCCCUAAGUUCUGGGCUUGAGCAACUGGCUGCCUCUGUCACCCCGCGCCUCCGCCCCACCCUUGAUGCUGUUGCCUCCAUCUCAUAUGAGCUCUCCGAGGCUGAGUACGCCGAGAAUGAGCUCAACGACCCCUGGGUCCAAAAUCUCCUCCACUCUGUCGAAACCAGUGUUUCUUGGCUCCAACCAUCCAUGACCUCAAAUAAUUACGACUCUUUCCUCCACUUGGUUAUCGAUUUUGUGGUUAAGAGGCUUGAGGUCAUAAUGAUGCAAAAGCGGUUCACUCAAUUGGGUGGGUUGCAAUUGGACAGGGACACAAGGGCAUUGGUUAGUCGAUUCUCAUCUAUGACACAGAGGACGGUGAGGGAUAAGUUUGCGAGACUUACACAGAUGGCGACAGUGUUGAACUUAGAGAAGGUGUCAGAGAUUUUGGACUUCUGGGGGGAGAAUGCGGGCCCUAUGACAUGGAGGCUCACACCGGCAGAGGUGAGGAGGGUGCUGGGCCUCAGGACUGAUUUCAAGCCUGAAGCCAUUGCUGCUCUAAGGUUGUGAUAUUAAUGUGGAUUGAAUAUCUCUCUCUCUCUCUCUGUUGUUUCCAUGCGUGCGUUGUGGUUUCAACAGAUGAGAGCUGGAUCUUACAAAGAAGAUUCCGAGACCCUUCUUGCACUGAAAGCCGUUUUUCCUCUCCCUAUAAGGAGAGAGAUCGUUGGGGGUCUUUUUAAGCAAAUAGUUGAGGAGGUACUUGAGUGAAAUAAGCAUUUUAAAGUAACCAUCGUUGAUAAAAAGGUUAAUUUGACCA